AUGGCUCAAAAUGGGAGCAGUCCAGGCAUCGGCGCCAAGCGACAGUUGUUGGGCGCCCUCACAACAACAGACCUGACAAUCCGCCGUUUGGAUCUUAUGCUCUCCACGGCCAGCGGACAAGAGCGAGUACUAGCGACCAUCAACUACACCGCCUCAAUACUGCACCACCUCACAGCCUCAGCCCCGUGGAUCGCGCUUCAAACCAGACUGGGGAUACUCGCCCGAUUGAAAGGCCAUACCCCUAAUGUCUCCUCUCCAUCGAAGAAAUCUAAGUUCUCCGCCCUGUCCUCCCUUGCCUCGGAAACGAGAUAUAAUCUCCGCCUCUUUGGGCUUCUCGAGCUCUGGAUCUGGGGUGCCGAUACCCUCAAAAACCCGCCGCAAGAUCGCACACUCCACGUCCUGACUGUGCUCCAAGUCAUUUCGAAUGUGAUUUAUCAGUUCCUGGAGAAUGUGGGAUAUCUCGCUUCGAAGGGUAUCGUGUCGAAGCGCCUUGUCGAGAAAUACGGGAGUCUCACCCAGUGGGAUCUAUGGAGUACCAGGGGCUGGUUUGGACAUAUUUUCUUCCAGUUCUUCGUUCUCUGGCGGCAGCAUGUAUUGCGCAAGCGUCGUGUGGCUGCUGAGCGCGCGGCUGCUGGUACAGUCGAGAGCAAGCAGACGAAGGCUGAAGAUGACGAGGCUUUACGACUGGAGAUCCGAUCCUGGAAGAAGAGUCUCGUGAACAACGCUUUCUGGGCUCCUUUGUGUUUGCACUGGUGCUUUGAGAAGGGGAUCGGUAUUCCAGAAAGCUUGGCUGGGAUUAUUAGUUUUGGAGCUGGGGCUUGGAGUCUACAUGACAUGUGGGCGGCGACUAAGUCAGUGAAGUCUUAG